AUGACAUCAUCUUCUCUGUCUGUCAAUAUUUCAUCCCUUGGUUACAUGGAUGAUGCAAACUGGAUUGCCAGUUUCAAAGAAGAUCUUGAAUAUAUUCUUGAUAUAGCUGAUGAAUAUUAUUCUCUCACAAGAGCUGCAAUCAACAAAAACAAAUCCAGACUACUUAGUAAUGCUCUUAUUUCUCCUGACACUAUUCAAUUAAAAUUUGGAUCAUCCUUUAUCCAUAUUACUCCAGAUCUAGGUUCAGUUCAUUUCCUCAGUGUUUUAAUUAAUAUAUUUAAUUCCUCUUCCUUCGUCAAGAAACAAACCAAAGAUACUAUCUCCUCGUUUAUUUCCAUCCUCAAAUCAAAACCAUUCACAGAUAAACAGUUAAUAUACAUUUUUAAUUCCAUUCUCAUGCCGACUUUGGAAUACCAUUUACAAACAACACUGCUAUCCUAUAAUGAAUGCAAUACUUUCUCUGCUCCCAUUCGAAGGCUAUUAAAAACUAAUUCAAAAUUUGCCAGCUCAGCUCCAGAUU